CGCGCUCACAACAACCCGGAGCACGUGGCACACUUUUUGCUUCCGCCUGGUUUUUCCUCUCUGGUGUGUGUGCUGUGUUUGCUUUGCUUGUGCUUUGCUGUGCUUCGCUUGUGCUUUGCUCCCUGCUUGAGUUUCAGGCACUUGCGCUGCCGUGCCUUUUUCCACUUUUCGCUGCCACGUCCAGAAGCCCGCCUCCUGCCUCUUGUCGUCUCCCUGACAACAACAACAACCACGAUGCUGUACAACCAGGUCAACAUCCGCGAGCGCCUCGCCGCCGCGCCCGCUGGCAAGAAGAAGCUCGCCUUCUUCGAGGACUUCAUGCUUGGUGGUGUUGCCGCCGCCGUGUCCAAGACGGCUGCCGCCCCCAUUGAGCGCAUCAAGCUGCUCCUCCAGAACCAGGGUGAGAUGCUCAAGACCGGCUCCCUGGACCGCCCCUACUCUGGCGUGAUGGACUGCUUCGGCCGUGUCAUCAAGUCUGAGGGCGUUGGCUCUCUCUGGCGUGGCAACGCAGCCAACGUGCUGCGCUACUUCCCCACACAGGCCCUCAACUUUGCCUUCAAGGACAAGAUCAAGGCCCUCAUCAACUUCAAGAAGGACAAGGACGGCUACGCCAUGUGGUUCGUCGGCAACAUGAUCUCUGGUGGUCUCGCCGGUGCCUUCUCCCUGCUCUUCGUCUACUCCCUCGACUACGCCCGUACCCGCCUUGCCAACGACAACAAGAACGAGAAGAAGGGCGGCGCCCGCCAGUUCAACGGCCUCGUCGACGUGUACCGCAAGACCAUCGCCUCUGACGGUGUUGCCGGCCUCUACCGUGGCUUUGUCAUCUCCUGCGUUGGUAUCAUUGUGUACCGCGGCUUCUACUUUGGUCUGUACGAUUCCCUCAAGCCCCUCCUCAGCGAGUCCCUCCAGAAGAACUUCAUGGCCACGUUUGCGCUCGGCUACGGUGUGACCGUCCUCGCCGGCCUCGCCUCCUACCCCGUUGACACCAUCCGCCGUCGUAUGAUGAUGACCUCUGGCGAGGCCGUCAAGUACAAGAACUCCCUUGACUGCGCCGUCCAGAUCAUGAAGGCCGAGGGUGCUGGCUCCUUCUUCAAGGGUGCCGGUGCCAACAUUCUUCGUGGUAUCGCUGGUGCUGGUGUGCUCGCUGGCUUCGACAAGGUCAAGGAGUACUACAUUGCCAUCCGCCACGGCGACGAGUAAACACAGGAAACCAUCGAGCUCUUCUUGAUGUUGCCUUUCUUGUCAAAUCGCCUCUGUUGUCGUUGUGUGCUUUGUGCCUUCCUGCCCUCUCGUCUGAUGUUUUCUGUUGCACGGCCACAAAGCCAACUCCCUUUUGUCCCCAUCAUGCUACCUUCUUUCCCCCUGGCCCUGCAGCCUGUCUCUUCGUGUGUUUCUUUCCUCGCUCUCUCCGUCUCUGAACCUACUCCAGACGAUGUGUCCUCCUUUUGUCUCUCGACCAUAUAGCCAGCUGGUUUGUUUGACAUGGUUGUGCCAAUGUUGCAGUCCACUCCCCCCGAGUACACGGUCCUCUCCCCAGCAA